AUGACGAAGCUCUUCGAGUCCCUCAACGUCGGCCGUGUGAAUCUCUCCAACCGCGUCGCCCUGGCACCAUUGACACGAUUCCGCGCCGGCGAUGACCACGUGCCCCUCCCCUUCGUGAAGGAAUAUUACGCCCAGCGCGCCUCUGUCCCAGGCACACUGCUCAUUACGGAGGCCACCAUUAUUACCCCCCGCGCAGGUGGCCUCCCCAACGUGCCUGGUAUCUACAAUGACGCCCAAAUCGCUGCCUGGAAGGAAGUCACCGAUGCCGUCCACGCCAAGGGCAGUUACAUCUACAUGCAACUGUGGGCACAUGGCCGAGUUGCGAUGCCGGAUGUGCUCAAGGCCGACGGUGGCCACGAGCUUGUCUCCAGCAGCGCGAUCCCUGUUAGUGAGGAUGCGCAGACACCCCGUGCGCUCUCGGAGUCCGAGAUCCACGAGUGGAUUGCCGACUAUGCCCAGGCUGCACGCAACGCCGUCGCCGCUGGCUUUGAUGGUGUGGAGAUCCACGCAGCAAACGGCUACUUGAUUGAUCAGUUCAAUCAGGAUGUCUCCAACAAGCGGACUGAUGCCUGGGGCGGAAGCGUCGAGCGCCGCGGCAAGUUCGCCGUCGAGGUGACUCGCGCCAUUGUCGAUGCCAUUGGCGCCGACCGCACCGGUAUCCGCUUCAGUCCUUGGAGCACCUUCCAGGGAAUGCGCAUGAGCGACCCCAAGCCGCAGUUCGAGUAUCUAGCGACCCAGAUGGCGGCUUUCAAGUUGGCCUAUGUGCAUGCAGUUGAGUCCCGCAUUGCGGGUAAUGCCGAUGUGGAGGCUACUGACCAGCUGGACUUCUUUUUCAAGGCGUAUGGCAAGGCAUCGCCUGUGAUUGUUGCGGGUGGUUACAAGGCCGACUCGGCCCGCCAGGCCGUGGACGUCAAGUACGCGGAUUAUGAUGUGAUUAUUGCCUUUGGGCGUCCCUUCAUCUCGAACCCUGACUUGCCCUUCCGGGUUAAGGAGGGUGUUCCUCUGGUGCCCUACAACCGUGACACCUUCUAUAUCCCCAAGGACCCUAAGGGAUAUACCGACUUCGAAUUCAGUGCCGAGUUCCAGAAGUCUAUUGAGGCUGCCGCCUAA